AGAGAGAAGUUGUGCCAGUCGGGAAGAAUAGAAAAAAAAGAACACAUUUUCUUGUGCGUUUGUUUUGUGGUUAGAAAAAAUAAUUCUUUAUUUCUUCUCUGCCUCGCAAGUGUUUUGAUAAAUUAAACGAAAAGUGCUAAUUUUAAUUUAAUCAUUUCAGUUUUCCAUAUAAAAUAAAGUGAACACAUUAAAACAGUGCUAAAUACAUAGAAUUAUUUAAGAAUAAUAAUAAAAAAAGUAAUGGAAGUUAAACCUUUGCCACGUUCAGAAAAUUGCCAAAGACGGACUAGAAAUUCCAAUAGUGAAAAUGUGUCUGAUGAAAAUAAAGAAAUUAUGAUGAAGGAGAUGGUGACCCCCAAAAAAAAUAUCAGUCGUUCAUCGAUAAUAAUGACGGCUAAUAAUAGUAAUUGUGGUAGUAGAAUUAGUGGUAGUAAACAUAAAGUGAAAAGCGGAAAAUCAAUGGCGCGUCCUCACUCCUCCAUCGUCUCCUCGACAUCGAGUAUAUUCGCGACACGUUCAUUUCGUCGUAAUUGGUGUCCGCUGGUUUUGAAUGCAUUGAUUUUCAUUUUAUUUACAAAUGCAAUCAAUUUUUGUAAUUGUGCCGUUACCAGUGCGGCGAAUAGUGAUUCAUUAAUAAAUCAACCACAACAUACAACAUUUGAUGAUACCACAACAACAACAUCAUCGACAAAAUUUAAUAAUAACAACAACAACAAUAAUAAUAAAAACUCCAACAAAUUAAAUGACACUCAAAAUUUAUUAUUGCCACAAUUGGCAAAUCAACAGAAAAGUAUUACUUAUCGCCAGGUAAAUCCAUUAAUUAUUACCGGCUUUAGAUUAGAAUCCAGUACCCACGAGGUUGAAUAUGAUGAUGGUAUACCCAGUGUAAUGAGUGAAACGCCAUUUACGAUACGAAUUUUUGGUAAAGGCAUCAAUAACGAUACCGUGCUAGCCUUUACCAACGAACCCAAUGAAGCGGGUACAUUUUGUCAAUAUCCAGCUACAUUGCUACAAAAAAUUUUACCUGGCACGGCCAAUGAUAAUACAGGCCUCUAUGAGGCAUCAUUGCCAAAGUCGAAAAAAGAUUUUUAUUUGUGUGCUAAAGUCGAUCCGAAUGCAUUUAGAGAUGAUGCAAACGAAGAGCCAAUAACACUGCAAUAUCAAUGUACGGAUUCCUGGUGUAUUAUACGUAGUCAUGAGAGUUUUCUGCCACUAUGGGUGUCCAUAGUUAUUAUAUUGGUGUGUUUAUGUUUUUCGGCCUUAUUUUCUGGGUUGAAUUUAGGACUUAUGGCCUUAGAUCGUACAGAAUUAAAGAUUUUACGUAAUACCGGCUCCGAUAAGGAACGUGAAUAUGCUAAGAAAAUUCAACCCGUCAGAGAUCAAGGUAAUUACCUGUUGUGCAGUAUACUGUUGGGUAAUGUGUUGGUUAAUUCAACAUUUACCAUUCUCUUGGAUGGCUUAACUUCUGGUCUAAUUGCUGUGGUGUUCUCUACAAUCGCUAUCGUUAUUUUUGGUGAAAUUACACCACAGGCCAUUUGUUCGCGACAUGGUUUAGCGGUGGGCGCAAAAACUAUUUUAAUUACGAAAAUGAUUAUGCUUAUUACGUUUCCUCUAUCCUAUCCGACCUCGAAAAUUUUGGACGUUCUGUUGGGCGAAGAAAUUGGUAAUGUUUAUAAUCGUGAACGUCUAAAGGAACUGGUUAAGGUCACUACUGGCAUCAAUGACUUGGAUAAGAACGAAGUCAACAUUAUUUCGGGAGCCUUGGAACUGCGCAAAAAGACUGUAGCCGAUGUUAUGACACAUAUCGAUGAUGCCUUCAUGCUGCCCCUCGAUGCUACAUUAGAUUUUGAAACGGUUUCCGAAAUCAUGAAAUCCGGUUUCUCUCGUAUACCUGUUUACGAAUGCGAUCGUAAAAAUAUUGUAACUCUGUUGUAUAUUAAAGACUUGGCAUUUGUUGACCCCGACGAUAAUACACAAUUGAGAACAUUGUGUGAAUUUUAUCAAAAUCCCGUACAUUUUGUGUUUGAAGAUUAUACGCUGGAUGUAAUGUUCAAUCAAUUUAAAGAUGGUACCAUCGGACAUUUGGCUUUUGUACAUCGCGUUAACAAUGAGGGUGAUGGUGAUCCAUUCUAUGAGACAAUUGGUUUGGUAACACUGGAAGAUGUAAUCGAAGAAUUGAUUCAGGCAGAAAUUGUUGAUGAAACCGAUGUGUUUGUAGAUAAUCGCACUAAAGUUAAACGUAAUCGUAAUAAGAAACAAGAUUUUACUGUAUUUGCUGAACGUCGAGAAAAUCAAACUAUACAUAUUUCGCCCCAAUUAACAUUAGCUACUUAUCAGUACUUAAGUACUUCUAUUGAUGCUUUUAAAAAGGAAAUUAUAUCGGAGCAAAUCUUGCGUCGUUUACUUAAUCAAGAUAUUGUUCACAGUAUAAAAUGUAAAGGUAAAGAGAAAGAUGAUCCUAGUCUUUUCAUAUUCACACAGAGUAAACCUGUUGAUUUCUUUGUACUUAUCUUGGAGGGUCGCGUUGAAGUAACGGUGGGCAAGGAAAGUCUACUCUUCGAAAGUGGCCCUUUCACUUAUUUUGGUACUCAAGCUUUAAUUCCCAAUGUUGUUGUGGAUUCUCCCUCACAAAUGGGUUCCUUGCAGUCUUUGAAUUUGGACUCUAAAACUCGUCAAACUUUUAUUCCUGAUUAUUCAGUACGAGCUGUUUGUGAUGUUGUUUAUAUAGCCAUUAAGCGUAGUUUAUAUCUGACUGCCAAAAAGGCUACUUUACUAGAGAAAACUCGUAAAGCUGGCACUGAACCCAAUAGUGUUGAUAUUGAUGAUGAAGUUGAAAAGUUACUACAUUCAUUACAUGACGAUGAUCGACCGAAUCAUAUACGUGGUAGCCAAAGUAUCCGCAAAACUUCAGCAGUUGGCAGUAAUACAGCGUCACCUUCAUUUAAUGACUUUUCACAGCAAAGUCGUAGUAUAGCCGCUGCCACUACCCAACACAAUUCACAGGGAAGCAACAACGAUGUUGUAUCGCUUAGUAGUCUUAUGACUUCAGAAGCGGCUGCCAUUGACUACAAUACCAUUGAACAUCAUGGUGAUAGACAGAAUGGGGAAAAGGUAAAUAAUAAUGAUGUUGUCACCACACCGCUGUUGCCCAAACCAGAUCUAAAGCACAAUAAUACCAAUUCAAAAUAACAGGAGCCAAUUUAACAGCAGCCUGCGUUGCUGUUAACAUUGUUCAAUAAAUAUUUAAUAAGGUUUGCUUAAGAAACAAACUUUUUUAAGCCGAACAACAACCAGUUAUGCACUUCAAACUUAAAGAAACCUUCCCCUCCUAACUAACCCCUUAUUAUUAUGUAUACGUAUAGUUUUCAAUUAAAACCUUAUUACUAGCUAUAAAACAUCAACAACAAACUAAAUUAAAUUAAUUUGAAAUUUUAAAGUAGUGUGUUAAAUGAAAUGAUACAACAAGAGUCUUCGUAUUUGUCUAUAAUUAUUUCAAAUAUAUACUAAUGUCUAAAGCCCCUAUCUACCCUUUUCUCUUUUAUAUGUAAAACAAAACAACAACAAAAAAUACCAAGCAAUCGUUUAAAACUUGAACUUCCUGUUUUUCUUUUAAGUUAGAAAAAAAUAUGUGAUUUAUAUUUGAUUUAAAAAAAAAAUAAAAAAAACUAAUAUUUUUUAGAGCAACCAAAAGAUUAAAACUAAACGAAAAUUGAAAAUCAAAAAAUAUAAUAUACAUAGAACAUAAAGGUUAUGAUAAUAAUUAUGACAUUUAAUUAUAAAUUAAAAUAUAUAUGUAUAAUAUUAUAUCUUAUUUCAAAUUUAAUACCUCAUUGCGUACAACAACGUUUCUUUUUUUAUAUAUAAAUAUAUAUGUAUGUAUACAACACACGGAAGAAGACACACCAUAUAUAAAAAUAUAAAACACGAAGAAAAGUAUAUUAAAUUUGUACGUGUUUGCAAAACAAAAAUACUUAUUUAUGUACUUAAGCAUAUACACAACAAUUAUUAUUAUUACAAUUACUAUUAUUAUUACUAUUAUAUAAAUUCAUAAGUAUGUAUAAUUAAUUAUUCAAGUUUUAAAACAAAUUUAUUUCGUUCAUUUAUUUCUUUAUCUGUUAUCAAAUAUACUUUAGUUUAUAAAUAUGUGCCUGCUUUUGUUGAAAUGUUAGUUAUUUAUAAAAUAAUUAAUUUAUUUUCUUCUGCCUACAUAUUUACUAUGUUUUCGUACUUGUUAGAAUUACAAGAUUUAGUCAUUCAGAAUUUACAGGCAAGCUUUUGCUGUACUCAAUAAAAUUUAUAAAACUAAGUAACAGUGAUAGAAGCAAAAACAACGAUAAAAUAUUAAUGCUAUUUUAAUUUAAAAUACGAUGUAUGUCUAGCUUAUUCCACUAGCCUUUUUUAAUUCUGCCUAAUGCCUUUUAAUCUGUCAAGUACGGAAACACAUCUGUUAUUACCUAUGAAUUUUAUGUUUUUAUUUUCUAUUCACAAAACAAAAUGUGUUACUAUUUAAUAUUUCUUUAGCAUAUGGUAAAAAUUAUUUGAUAUAUUUGUUUAGAUAUACAAAAUACAUAUAUUUAGAAAAUUUGAAUUAAUGUGUUAUUUUUAAAAAUAAUUUUGUAUUGGACCGGCUUACCAAUAUAUUUAAAAAUAUCUCUACUGAAUUCGAGGCAAUUCAAGUUUUACAGAAUUAAAUUAUUCCGGCAUGUUCUGACACUCGCAUCUCGCAUAAUAUUUGCGUUUGUAACUUGAACUCGCAAAAACUGAUUUUCUGUAAAUGGUAAUCACAAGACUAUUGGCAGAAGAAACAAAAUUAAGAAUUAAUUCAAGUAAAUAACAUUUCAUUUUAUUUGAUUCAAAAAUCGCAAGUAACAUUUUUUUACAAUUUUUAUUAAAAAUAUGAAAUUUAAAAAAUGUUCGUUAGUUUUAUUAAUUUUGUAUGACCAUUGUUUUUUAUGCACUGCCGAUUAAAAUAAGAAGCUGAUGAAAUAAUUGGUCUGUUCAAUAACAAAAAACUAUUACGAAUUAUCACAAAUUGUUUAUAAAUUUUCCAGUUUUUCAAUACAAAUUUAAAAUGUUUGUGUGAAAAUUUGUAAUAAUUCGUAAUAGUUUUUUGUUAUUGAAUAGACCAAAUAUGAAAAGAAUAAUUUUUUUUAUUUUUCCUAAAAUUAUUAGCGAUUAGAAGAAUGCAGAGGCAAAUCACAAGAAAAACGCGUGCGCUUCAGAACAUGCAGAAACAACUUUAGCGAUUUAAAAAUCACAUUAGAUUUGACAAACGCGCGAGUUUCAGAACAUACCUGAUUAUAAAUUAUGUAUUUAGGAUUUAUUCACUCCAAAUCUUGUGUAUUUUCAUUUCAUUUUAAGGGCUUACAACAAAACAGAAGACGAUAUAUUUUUUCCUAACCUAAAACCAAAUAUUUAGGCCUGUCACAGAAUUUCAUUCCGAUCGAAAGUGGAACUAAUUCCGUAUUUUGCUUUUUUAGAAAAAGUAAAACUAAAAAUUCUUUCGGAAUGAAACCAUUUUCAGUUUUCAAAGUAAUUAUUCGUUUUUCUAAAAUGUUUAAUCAAUUUCUGUAGCAAAAACUUCACUUUUGUUUUAAUAUAAAAAACGUUGUCAAAUUAAUAUCAGAAAUACAAAAUUAUUAAAUAUUUUUUAAAUUAACAAAUUACAAGGAAUCUGAAGAACCAAAAACGAAAUUGAUCGUAAUAAAACUACGGAAUUGAAACCAUUUCGAACAAAACGUGUGACAGGCCUUAUUUUUUUUUAUAAAAAUCUUUAUAUUUUUAUUCCAAUAUUUCGUUACAAACUUUGAAAUAUGUAUUUGUCUUAUAAAGAUUUUUUAAAAAAAAUAACCUUAAGCUUACAUAAGUAUUUUAUAAAAGUUUAGCAAAAAGGUCAAACAUAAUAUAUACCCUAAUAGUACACUGUAUUAAUUUAAUGUAAGCACAAAAUGGUUCACUCCCAUGCCCUUAUGUAGUAGUUUUGAAGGAUUUUAUCUGCAGGUGUUUAAAAUAUCGAUGUUCACACUUUUGAACAUUAAUUUAAAAUAAUCUACAAACUAUCUUUUAUUAAAAAAAAGUCCAAAAACUCUAAAUUUAUUUUAAUUUAAAAACAUUGGGACAGUUUUUCACUUUGGAAAUGCAUUUGAAGGGUGUUGAAAACAAAAAAAGUCCGAAUUUGGCAUUUGCAGCAAAUUGAUUGAGAGCCAUACAAUUGUUUUGGAAAACUGUUUAUGCUUCACUUUCUAUAUUUUAUCAAUAAUAGGUUUAUUUUCUUUCAAAGAAAGCCACUUAUCUGCCUUUCAUUGCCACCUGAUAUUAAAAAAUGAGAAAUUGUUCCAGAUGCAAAUAGAAAAAUUAAAAAUAAUUUAUCGUAUUUCUUCUUUUGUUAAUAUUUUGAAAAAACUAAAGGUCAUAUUUUCAAAUAAUUUUGUAAAUUAUUAUGACAAAACAUUCAAAAUUAGUCCUGAAACACCUGUCAGCCUUUUACAUUGUCUAUUCAUAUACCAAUAUAUUCCAAAAUAUCAACACUGAUUCCGAAGUCACAUGUUGGCACCUCGUAACUGAUAAUGUAAUUCAUUUCACCGUUUUUUAUCCUUUGCGAAAAUGUGAACUUUCGAUGCGUUUGUACAAAAUUUCGGAAGGUUAAAAAACAUGAUGAAAUGAUUUACUUUAUUAUGUAUGCUGCUGUUGUGUUUAUUAUACAAUCCGUUCAAAGCUAGUUAAAAUAGUAAGAACUGUCAAGCAAACGAAUAAACCAAUUGUUUAUUUGUCAAAACUUUAGCAAAACAGUUUUCCUUGCAAAUUUUGUUUUGUUAACUAUUGAUCAAAUAUAUCAAUAAUCGCUACCACUUUUUACCAUUUGCUCUAAGUAUUUCUGUUAUAUUUUUUUUUUUCUUCUACAUAUUUUGAUAUUUUACCUUUACUUUAAUUAAUUUUAAGCUUAUACGCCUUUAGUCUUGUGUCUUGUUUGCUAAAUAUAUUAUUGUUGCUGUAAAAACCUUAAGAUUAUAAAUCUUAUAUUAUUUUUAUUAUCAUUUUUAUUAUUGUUUAUUUUGUUAAAAUAAAAUCUAAAUUUAUAACGAAUUUAAAAAAAAAGCUACUUAAAAAAAAUACAAUUAUUUUUUGUUUAUAACAAAACUGCAUUAUUAGAAUAAUGUUUAAUAGAAUAUAAAGUGUAAUUAAAAAAUUUGUUUUCCUAAAAAAUUAUAAAAAAAAACAAUAACAAGUCGCAAAUAAUAUUAGUUAAUUUAAAAAUUCAGCUUUAAUGAAUAACGAACAAAUGCUGAAAAAAAUAUGAAUAAUUAAUUUUUUUUUUGUUAAAUUUAAAUGAACAUUUUUUAAUGUAUUUUAAAUAGGAUUUAAAAAAUAAAAACUAAUAAAUAUUUGUUGCCUGCGUUAAGUAUAUGUAAUAUUAAUUUAAAUAAAUAAAAUGUUUAAUUCACAAUGAAA